ACAUAAGUAAAAAAGGCAGCUAUGUUGAAAAUUAUUGAUAAAAAUUGCGAAUCAUUGAUCUCUAACAAUAAUAGAUUCUCCCAGCUUCGGAAAACGAUAUUCAAAUUAGGUGAGUCAACAAAAGGCGGCUAAGCUCCCAUUCAACGUUCAAAUAUCUCCAACCUUCCACCUUCACACCAUGCCUAAAUUCGCCGCCUCCAUCUCCCUCGCUCUUCCGCAAUGCCCCUCCUCCUCAUUCUCGCCGCCGCCCUCUUCGCGGCGGCGCAUUGCCAGUCCGACACCUACGCCAACUGUGACCGCACCUUCUCAUGCGGCUCCAUCACCAACAUAACAUUCCCUUUCCACGGCGGCGACCGCCCCCCCUACUGCGGCCUCCCCGACUUCGCCCUGGCCUGCCGCGACGGCAACACCACCGAGCUGGCUCACACCUCAGCCGCCUACCGCGUCCUCCGACUCAAUCAGACUGAGAAGUCACUCGUUCUCGCCCACUCCGAUCUCUACAGCAAUACAUGCCCUUCCGACUUUCGCAACAUUACCCUAGGUUCCCCUUAUUUCUACUAUAAUCUCACCCAAAACGAAGAACUCACUAUGUUCUACGGCUGCAACACCUCCCGCUUAAGUUCGGCGGGGAACAAUGCGUCGGAAUUGAGUAUCACGAGGGACAAUCGCAUCAGAUGCAAUUCCACUGAUUUGAAUUACACGGGCGCAUUUUAUUGGAUCGGCCCGGUUCCCAGCGACCCUAUUUUGAGCAUCAUAUCCUGUAACAUUAGUGUAAGAAUGCCGAUGCUGAGGGCCGCCGGCGAUCUGCUGACGAACUCCACGAUUAAUCUUGGAGAGGCGUUGAUGGAAGGUUUCGACGUGAGUUAUAGCGUGCAGGAUGAGAGCUUGUGCUCUGAGUGCAACAGAAUGAGCGGGCAAUGCGGGUUUAGUGCUGAGACCGAUAAACUCAUUUGCAUUUGCGGCGAUAAGCUUUGUCCUUUUGCUUUGACGCCUCCACCGGCACCUACUCCUUCUGACGGAAGCAGAAAUACAGAAAGGAGUAUAGGUCUUUUCAUAGCUGGUGCGAUUCUUACUGGUGUUGGCCUGGGAUGGUUGGUUUUCCAUUGUAGACAAAAGAGGAAGCAGAGGCUUGCAUUGAUGUCCUCCCAAAUCACAAGCAAGGAAAUUACUUCUUCUCCUUCCACGAAAGGCCUCCUUUCCCCGCCAUCGAGUAAUUACACCAAAAGCAUUCUAUCAUAUCCAUCUACCAAGUCGGACUUUGGUAGGCGAAGUUCGGAUUUUGGGGUGCAGGUCUUCAACUGUACCGAGCUUGAAGAAGCCACUAACAAAUUUGAUCCUUCUAGAGAACUUGGAGAUGGUGGAUUUGGUACUGUAUAUUAUGGGGUGCUUUCUGAUGGUCGUGUAGUUGCAGUUAAGCGCUUAUACGAGAACAAUUUCAAGCGCGCAGAGCAGUUCAUCAAUGAAGUCGAGAUUCUGACUCGGUUAAGGCAUCAAUACCUUGUGAAACUCUAUGGAUGCACCUCUAGGAGAAGCCAAGAACUACUGCUUGUGUAUGAAUAUGUAGCAAAUGGGACAGUGGCAGAUCAUCUGCAUGGAAAACGUGCGAAAUCGGGGUUGCUAUCUUGGCCUAUUAGGUUGCAAAUCGCCGUGGAAACUGCUGAUGCACUUGCUUAUCUACAUAGAUCAGAUAUCAUACAUCGGGAUGUCAAAACCAACAACAUUCUUCUGGACAAUGAUUUCCAUGUCAAAGUUGCUGAUUUUGGGUUGUCAAGGUUGUUCCCCAACGACGUCACUCAUGUGUCGACUGCUCCACAAGGGACUCCCGGCUAUGUCGACCCUGAGUACUACCAGUGCUAUCAACUCACAGAAAAGAGCGACGUGUACAGCUUCGGGGUUGUGCUAAUCGAGCUUAUAUCAUCGCUGCAGGCAGUAGAUACCAACAGGCACCGCCACGACAUCAAUUUGUCGAACAUGGCUGUCAACAAGAUUCAAAACCGGACAUUGCACGAGCUGGUUGAUUCAAGUGUUGGAUUCCACACGAAUAGUUCGGUGAGGAGGAUGGUUACGUUGGUUGCAGAGUUGGCUUUCAGAUGUCUGCAGCAGGAGAAGGACAUGAGACCUUCGAUGCAAGAAGUGCUGGAUGUUUUGAAAGGGAUACAGAAUGAAGAUUCGAAUGCUCUUGCGGUAGAAAUUGUGGACCUCUCCAUGGCCAUGGGUGAUGAUGCUGGUCUACUCAAGGGUAGCACCACACCCAGGUCACAAGAUUCACUUCCUUGAUUACUACUAAUUUUUGUGGAUGCACAGGCACUUGAAAUUGAAUAUGUACUUGAAUCUUGAUUUGGAAGAUUCCCGGGUAUGUAAAACAUCUCAAGGAUCUUGAAAGUGAGCAGUUUAUAAACAUGUUAAUUGUGUAUUAUGUUGGAGUAAA